ACAGUGGUGCGGCCUAGCUCGGUCUCCCAGGAGGAAUUGCUGGAGCUGAUUGACAAGAUGAACCGUGACUGGAGGGUCAGCGGCCUGUUGGUGCAGCUGCCACUUCCCGAUCACAUCAAUGAGCGAGCGGUAUGUAAUGCCAUCGCUCCAGAGAAGGAUGUGGAUGGCUUCCAUAUUGUGAAUAUCGGUAAGCUGUGUCUGGACCAGAGAUCCAUGGUGCCUGCCACACCUGCAGCUGUUUGGGAGAUCAUCAAACGAGCAGGUAUUGAGACAGUGGGAAAGAAUGUGCUGGUCGCUGGUCGCUCCAAAAAUGUUGGAAUGCCCAUCGCAAUGUUGCUGCACACUGAUCGCAACCAUGAACGCCCCGGUGGUGAUGCCACGGUGACCAUUGCCCACAGAUGUACACCGAAGGAACAACUGAAGGAGAUAACUCGCCUGGCUGACAUCAUUAUUGCAGCUGCAGGUGUUCCUUGCCUGAUUACAGCAGACAUGGUGAAAGAGGGUGCAGCAGUCAUCGACGUAGGCAUCAACCGGAUACAGGACCCGAAAACUGGAAAACUCAGACUCAUCGGUGACGUGGACUUUGAGG